AUGGCGUUCGUACUUACACCUACAUUUGCGCCGGCCUACCAGACGCACCAAUACAGCCCUCUCGGCUUCUGCAGCCCAGCAGUACGGUCACCAUAUGGCUGCCGAGUUGCCCGCCCUCAACCGCGCCGCCCACAGUACUCGCCAUACGGCAACUUCUUCAGCCAAGUCAACGACUUGUUGAGCGAGAUUGACCGCGAAGCACAACGCCAGGCACAGCUCGAGGCUCAUCGCGAGGCACAACGCGAAGCCCACCGCCAAAGGCAACUUCAACGAAAGCGCGCACUCCGCGCCAAGUUCGAUGUCAAGCCCAUUGAGCAAGGAUGGGCAGUAGAGGGAGACAUCCAGGGCUUUGGCCCAGAAAACAUCUCCAUCGAAGUCACCGACGAGCACACCCUGAAGAUUGCCGGAAACACUCACUGGCAAUUCGAAAAGGCACAGUCUGGGCCAACACUACCUCAGAUCGAAGACAAGGCUGAGCCCACAUCUGCACCUGCCAUCGAGCAACCCGCCGAACAGACUCCUGAAGUAUCACAUACUGAGGAAGUCGACACCACCUCGGAGGUCGAGAGCACAACAGCCGGCGUCGCAACACCAGACAGCGACACCCAAUCCCACAAGUCUUAUCAACCCACCGUGGAAGACGACUUUGAAGACCUCGGUGACGAGCUCUCAUCUCCAUCACGCCCCUUAACUCCUGUUGAGCCAAAGGAGCCAAAAGGCAAAGAAAAAGCCGUCGAAGAGCCUACUGAAACCGCAGUAGCCACGCAGCCACAGCCCGAGGCUCCAGUUCUUGCACCACAACCACAACCCGAACAACAACCCGAACAAGAAGAGCGCAUCCACGGAUCUUUCACCCGCUCCUUCAGGUUUCCCACUCGCAUCGAUGUAGCGAACGUGAGCGCAAGCUUCAAGGAUGGAGUCUUGAGGGUGCAGGUACCUAGGAUGCAAGCACCAACUGUCAGGAGGAUUGCUAUCCUAUAG